AUCAUAAGUCGCUCACUUGUAUCUCAGACACUUCAACUAGACAGUCAGACGGACAGUCAGAUUUACUCUUGAGGUCCGGACAGACACAAUGGGAGUUGAGAAAAUGGAGCUUGAUGAGGGACACUCGACUCUGAUGAGUGGCACCAAGAACCCUCCGCCGGUUCGGCCUCCCAACACGUUCGAGCGCAUCAUCCAACCCUGCCUGGCAGAGGUGGUGGGAACCAUGUUCUUUGUCUUCAUCGGGUGUGUGUCGGUCAUUGAGAACGUUGAGUCUGCAGGCAGGGUACAGCCGGCGCUGGUCCAUGGCCUGGCUGUGGCUGUCAUGGUGGCAUGCAUGGAUCAGAUCAGUGGAUCCCAUUUCAACCCUCCCUUCACCAUUGCCAUCUACCUGUGUGGCGGCAUGAAACUGUUCAUGGUUGUCCCAUACCUUAUCAGCCAGUUAUUAGGAGGGAUGCUGGGAGCUGCCAUGUCAAAGAUGAUGACAUCAAAGGAGAACUAUGCCAACGCCACCGGAGCGGCGUUUACUAUCCUCCAAUCAGAGGACCAGCUGGCGGGAGCCAUAUUUGGAGAGAUCGCCAUGACGUGCCUGGUUACCAUGGUAGUAUUGCUAGGGGCGGUCAAUGCAAAGAGCAAAAGCCCAAUGGUGCCUUUCCUGGUAGGCUGUACUGUCAUCAUCAACAUUCUAGCAGGGGGGGAUGUGUCUGGGACCUGUCUGAACCCAGCCAGGGCUCUGGGGCCAGCGGUAAUGGCCAACUACUGGACCUACCAUUGGGUUUACUGGGCUGGUCCUAUCGCAGGAGGUCUACUGGCAGCAGGACUAGUGAGACUUGUGCUUGGAGAUGAGAAGACACGAGUCAUCAUGAAGUGACAUCCUACUCUACAUGUCCUAAGCAAGUCACUUACUUCCUACUUUUUGUCAUAUUAUAAAGCUUUUUUUCUAAGAAACUUGAAUUUAGACUGGAAUUUCUGUUUAAUUUGAAAGACUAUGAAUCUGGUUUGUAAAUGUCAGCAGAUAGGAGAUGUCAUAUUGUACUAAUAUAACUCUUAUUGUACUCUCUGAUUCCAGUUUGCUUUCGUGCUUUCCCUUUAAAUUAAACGAUAAAGAUGUGGAUGCCCUCUAAAGAUGAUUGUAACUGCAAGCUGACUUACCCUGCUGCAAAAACGCCCCCCCCCCCGUCGGGCAACUGGUCAAUUUGGUCAAUUUGUUGUUUCAUUUUGUAUUUCUGGAUGUAUUGGUCUCUGGCAACAACACAAAACCAGCGCUAAUAGCAUUGUGCAGAUCAGACCAUAUGGCGCUGCCCGCUGUGUUGGUGCUUUAAUAGCAGCACCGCACGUCAAACUUCACCUGGGUGGCGCUGUUUCAGCUGCUGAAAUUGACCUCUCUUUUAAUGACGCAUUAUAGACCUACUACAUUAUUGGGCUUACUUAGCAUUCAUCACCACCAAUGUACACCCAAAUAAAGCAUAUAAAUAUGCUUACUUACAUGUUUGAUUGCGUAUAUGAUUUGCGUAAUGAAAAAUAUUGCGAUAUUUUCGUUAUUUCUCUAUUUUUGUUUGCUUCGAAGUAGGUCUACCAAGAGGCACACUUUUGAAUAGAGUUCACUAUCAUAUAGUUUAAUUUACUGGUAGACCUAAAGCUAUUCAUCAUAAAACAAUUUUGGCAUAUUCUCACUUUGACUUUUCUUAGCUCAUCAAGCCUUCUCAUCAAACAACAUUAACAAAGUAAAAAGAAACCAACAAAAUGUGUCGUUUUUUUAUGCUGUUGCGACUGGACAGAGACAUCUCUCCAGCCAAUCCUAGUCGAGAGAAUGGAGGGAAGGGGCUUGUAGUGGUACCACCUGCCCAGAGCGGACAUGACCAAGGACAAUAACUUCUGGAAAGAUGCUCUGGGAGGAUGGGAAGUUGUUGCACAUCCUCCCAGCGACUACCACGGUCAGAACAUCGGCCAGCAGCUAGGGUACAAGAACGUUGCCAGCCAGUAUGGCAAUAGAAUAUUUAGAACGAACGACUGGGUCGCCUCCAUAGAUACAGAACAAAAAGACUGAAUGACUGGGUCACGUUUCUGGCAACCAAACCGAUAGAAGGAAUUACCAGAAGUCUUGGGUAGCAGUAUAUGAUUAUAAAUAAUCAUACAUAAUAAUACAAAAUACAUAUUUAAAUACAUAUAGUAAAUGGUUUAAUACAAUAUAGCAACCCCUUGUGUUUAGUUCAAAACGGCUAUAUGGUUGAUGUUCUGGCUCAGUAUGACCUAUACAGUAGCCUAAGUACAGUAAGUAGGCUACAGUAAAUACAGUAAGUACAGUAAAUGUACAGUUACCCAUCAAAAUGUUUAUAAGAAUAGCCUACAUCAAAAACAGACAGGCUUUUAUUUCAUUCUUCUAUUGUAAGGCAACCAAUGUGAUAAAUCUAAAAAAUGACAUGUAUAAAAAAUGAAAUGUUUGUUAUCUAUUAUUUUUUAUCUAAAUACGUUUUUUGUUAUUUGAAUCAUUAUUAAUAAAAUAUAUAUAUAUGUAAA